AUGGCAAGCCCUACGUCAGGCUACUCCAUAAACGUCAAUGACCCUAGCUUGAUUUCGCUGGUCAACAAGCUUCAGGAUGUCUUCUCCACGGUCGGAGUGCAAAACCCAAUCGAUUUGCCCCAAAUUGCCGUCGUCGGAUCGCAGUCCAGUGGAAAGAGUUCCGUGCUAGAGAACAUCGUUGGUCGGGAUUUCUUGCCUCGUGGAUCUGGAAUCGUUACUCGGAGACCCCUUAUCCUGCAACUGAUCAACAAAACCCCCACCACGAACGGCGAGACCAAGUUGCAAACCACCGAUGCCGAGUCCAACGUGGACGAGUAUGGAGAAUUCCUCCACCUGCCCGGCGAGAAGUUCCACGAUUUCAACAAGAUCCGUGACGAGAUUGUGCGCGAAACGGAGACCAAGGUUGGAAAGAAUGCCGGAAUCUCGCCAUCCCCGAUCAACCUGCGCAUCUACUCCCCCAACGUCCUCACCCUGACCCUUGUCGAUCUGCCUGGUUUGACCAAGGUGCCCGUCGGAGACCAGCCGAAGGAUAUUGAGCGUCAAAUUCGUGACAUGGUCUUGAAGUAUAUCAGCAAGCCCAACGCAAUCAUUUUGGCCGUCACCUCAGCCAAUCAGGAUCUUGCCAACUCCGAUGGUCUCAAGCUGGCACGUGAGGUCGACCCCGAAGGUCAGCGCACUAUUGGUGUGUUGAGUAAGGUCGAUCUGAUGGACGAUGGAACUGAUGUGGUGGAUAUUCUCGCUGGACGAAUUAUCCCCCUGCGUUUGGGCUACGUCCCCGUGGUCAACCGUGGCCAACGUGACAUUGAGAACAAGAAACCAAUCGCAUACGCUCUGGAGAACGAGAAGAACUUCUUCGAGAAUCACAAAGCCUACCGGAACAAGGCUUCAUACUGUGGUACACCUUAUCUCGCUCGGAAGUUGAACUUGAUCCUUAUGAUGCACAUCAAGCAAACCCUUCCCGAUAUCAAAGCACGUAUCGCCGCCUCCCUUCAGAAAUACUCAUCGGAGCUGUCACAACUGGGUGACUCCAUGCUCGGCAACAGCGCCAACAUCAUCCUCAACAUUAUUACUGAAUUCAGCAACGAAUACCGCACAGUCUUGGAGGGUAACAACCAGGAGCUGUCCAGCAUUGAACUUUCAGGUGGUGCUCGUAUCUCUUUCGUCUUCCACGAACUCUACUCCAACGGUAUCAAGGCAGUCGAUCCGUUUGACAUCGUCAAGGAUAUCGACAUCCGCACCAUUCUUUACAACUCUUCCGGCUCCUCACCCGCUCUGUUCGUCGGUACCACUGCCUUUGAGCUGAUCGUGAAGCAACAAAUCAAGCGCUUGGAGGAGCCCAGCUUGAAGUGUAUCUCCCUGGUCUACGACGAGUUGGUCCGCAUCCUGAGUCAACUGUUGACCAAGCAGCUGUUCCGCCGCUACCCCAUGCUCAAGGAGAAGUUCCACGCAGUGGUUGUCGCUUUCUUCAAGAAGUGCAUGGAGCCCACCAACAAGUUGGUUAAGGACUUGAUCUACAUGGAGGCUACCUACGUGAACACCGGCCACCCCGACUUCCUCAACGGUCAGCGCGCCAUGGCUAUUGUCAGCGAACGCCAGCAGUCCUCCAAGCCCACACAGGUCGACCCCAAGACUGGCAAGCCUCUCCCUGGUCGCGCCCAGAGCCCCUCCCUCGAUACAACCGGCGAGGCCACCAACAACAGUGGCUUCUUCGGCAGCUUCUGGGCUUCCAAGAACAAGAAGAAGAUGGCUCUCAUGGAAGCACCUCCCCCAACUCUCAAGGCAUCUGCCAGCUUGUCUGAGCGCGAGUCCACCGAAGUUGAAGUUAUCAAACUUUUGAUCACAUCCUACUUCAACAUUGUCAAGCGCACAAUGAUCGACAUGGUCCCCAAGGCCGUCAUGUACACUCUUGUUCAAUUCACCAAGGACGAGAUGCAACGCGAGCUCCUCGAAAACAUGUACCGCACCAACGAAUUGGAUGAGCUCCUAAAGGAAAGCGACUACACCACACGCCGGCGCAAGGAAUGCCAGCAGAUGGUUGAGAGUCUCGGCCGCGCCAGCGAGAUCGUCAGCCAAGUCCAGUAA